AUGCUUCAGCUAUGCUUCAACUAUGAGCGGCGUGUUGCCAGUGGCACAAUGUUUAUUCACAUCGGCUCUUUGGGCGGAAGUGGGCGUCGCAAAAUUUUGCCCGAAACAGUCCGCUUGAUGAUUGGAAUGUUUGAUCGCGAAAACCGAGGAACAGUUUCAUUUCAAGAUUUUGGAGCACUUUGGAAAUAUGUAACCGAUUGGCAAAAUUGUUUUCGGUCAUUUGGCAGAGACAAUUCCGGAAAUAUUGAUAAACAUGAACUAAAGACUGCGCUUACAUCAUUUGGUUAUCGUCUUUCCGACCACCUUGUUGAAGUUCUUUUACGUAAAUUCGAUCGAUUUGGUCGUGGGACUAUUCUUUUUGACGAUUUUAUUCAAUGUUGCAUUGUCCUCUAUGUAAGUAUAUGUAUAUCUUGGACAUCUAUGUAUAUAUGUAUGCACUGUGCCAAACUUAAUUACGAAUUAUUUUCUGCCACUAAUAUAUUUAUAACAUUUAUGUGCAGCAAGCAGCUGAGCACGAGUAACUCCUUUAAAUAUCACAUGCAAUUGCAUGGCGAGGAUCGUCCCCAUGUGUGCAACAUUUGCGGCGAUUCAUUCAAGACACGCAACGCAAACGAUGGCCAUGCAACGCUUCACAAUCCCAACAAAUGUCGCACGUGCGGCAAAACGUAUCGUCAGGCCUCUUCGCUGCGCUCCCAUCUCUUGAGCCACACCGGUGUCAAGCCCUUCACCUGCGACAUAUGCGGAAAGGGUUUAACACAGAAGUCCGGCUACAAGAAGCACAUGCUGACGCAGACGGGCGAAAAGCCGCAUACCUGCGACAGCUGUGGACGCAGCUUCCGCUACUCCAGCAAUUUGAUUGCCCACAAACGUUCGCAUUCCCGCAAAGUUUGUGCCGUUGAUCAACAAAAGGAGCAGCUCGAAUAA